CGGGAUGAGGACCACCAAGUGCCAGCUGCUGGCCACCAGCCUCUGCGCCAUGCUGCUGGGGCUGUCGAUUGCCGCACUGAGCACAGUCACUCGCUUCGGGCUCCACUUCACCCUCAUCAGCAACGUUGCUUUUGAGAGCAACUCCUACAAAGUUAUCCACAACACAGCUUUCUGCGUUGGGAUGUGUCUCGGCAUGAUGCUGAUCCUGGCUGCCCUGCUGAGCUCCGUGGCCACGGUGCGGGAAUCGGAGCGUCUCACCGCCAUGGGAUUUUUCUGUUUUGCUCUUGCAUUCUGCGGAUUGAUACCAGCUGCCUUUUGGAGAUACACUCACAGGACAGAG